AUGAAGUUCCUCGCUGUUGCCUCUCUCCUCGCUGCCACCGCUCUGGCUCUCCCCGGCGGUGCUCCCGUCGGAGCUCCUGUCGUCCACCCUGCCUUCGACAGCUCCAACCAGUACACUCUGCAGCAGGCCCAGAACAAGUGUGGCGACAAGGCCACUCUGUCUUGCUGCAACCAUGCCUCCAAGGUCGGCGACACCACCGCCUUCAACUACGGCGCUUUGAACGGCCUUUUCGGCAACACCCUCAGCGGCCCUGAGGGUGUCGGUAUCCUGUCUGGCUGCCAGAAGAUCUCUGUCACCGGCCUCAUCGGUGCCAGCGACUUGCUCAAUAACGAAUGCCAGCAGAACGUUGCUUGCUGCCAGGACAACAAGUCCGAAGCUUCUGGCGGUCUCAUCAACAUUGCCACACCUGCCUGCGUUGCUCUCGACAGCAUCGCCUAA